UUUACUCCACACUUCAGCUGGAGAGCAGUUAUGAAGAAAAUGGUUCCUUACUCCAGAUGGGCAGAGAGGAGAUCUACCGUGGUCUAUGCGGUCCGCUCAGCCACUUUCGGCUCCUGGAGGAUGCUCACCCUGGGGGCAGAGUACGAGGACACCUGGGCUCCAUCACCUGAUAAGAAACGUGGUCCCAAAAAACGGGCUAAGGGAGAACCGGAGCAUGACGAGCAGGCAGAGGCCUGCUCCGGAGAGUUGGAGGAGCCGUCAUGGAAAACCGUCAAGGAGAGUACCAAACAGAAGUAUGACACAGUCUUACAGCUGGAUGAAGAAAGAAAAACGAGAAUGAGAGACGGCGUCUGUCAUGCUGUCUGGAAGCACGAGACACUGAACAGCAACCCACUAACUCACAGAAUGGCUCGCUUCGCAGAUGAUCUACCCACCCGCUAUGGAGGAAGCACAGUCGGCGGAGGGAGAGGCGGACCGGGCGCCGGCAGAGGGGGCGCCCGGGGUGCUGGCGGCGCUCCGGGCGGGCAAAGGAUGUACAAGCAGUCGAUGGCCCAGAGAGCCCGGACAAUGGCCAUUUACAACCCUAACCCUGUCAAACAAAACUGCUUCACCGUCAACCGCUCCCUCUUUAUCUUCCGCGAGGACAAUCUCAUUAGGAAGUACGCAAAGAGAAUAACAGAGUGGCCUCCAUUUGAAUACAUGAUCCUGGCAACGAUUAUCGCCAACUGCAUCGUCCUGGCCUUGGAGCAACAUCUACCUGCAAGUGACAAGACACCCAUGUCAGAACGCCUGGACGACACAGAGCCCUACUUUAUUGGAAUAUUCUGUUUUGAGGCUGCCAUUAAGAUCAUUGCCCUGGGCUUUGCAUUUCACAAAGGCUCCUACCUCCGCAACGGCUGGAAUGUAAUGGACUUCGUGGUCGUCCUCACAGGAAUCCUGGCCACGGUGGGUUCAGACUUUGACCUGAGAACACUGCGAGCUGUGAGGGUGCUGAGACCCCUGAAACUCGUGUCAGGAAUCCCAAGCCUCCAGGUGGUGUUAAAGUCCAUAAUGAAAGCCAUGGUCCCGCUGCUUCAGAUUGGCUUGCUGCUCUUCUUCGCUAUCGUCAUGUUUGCCAUCAUCGGGGUGGAGUUUUACAUCGGGAAAUUUCACUACACCUGCUUUAAAAACAACACCAAUGAAAGAGCAGCUGACUGGCCUUGUGGUUUUGAUCCACCAGCCAGGACUUGUCCCAUUGGGACCGUGUGCAAAGAGUACUGGACCGGACCCAACUUUGGCAUCACCAACUUUGAUAACAUCCUGUUUGCAGUGCUGACUGUUUUCCAAUGCAUCACCAUGGAGGGCUGGGUGGACAUCCUCUACAGCACCAAUGAUGUGGUUGGAAACACGUGGAACUGGCUGUACUUCAUCCCGCUCAUCAUCAUCGGCUCCUUUUUCAUGCUCAAUCUGGUGCUGGGUGUCCUUUCAGGAGAAUUUGCCAAAGAGCGAGAGCGUGUGGAGAAGAGGCAGGAGUUCCUGAAGCUUCGUCGGCAGCAGCAGAUUGAGAGGGAACUUACCGGGUACUUGGAGUGGAUCUGCAAAGCAGAGGAGGUGUUGCUGGAGGAGGAGGAUGAGAUUGCUGAGGAGAAGUCCCCACUGGAUGUCCUGAAGCGAGGCAAAAUCAAGAAGGGUAAAAAUGACCUAAUCGGCGCUGAGGAGGGGGAGGACCCUUUUGCUGACAUGACCACUGUUGUUCCUCCCGGCUCUCCGUUUGGUCGGGCCAGCGUGAAAAGCGGGAAGAUGGACAACUCCUCUUACUUCCGUCGCAAAGAAAAGAGGAUUCGCUUCUUCAUUCGCCGUAUGGUAAAAGCUCAGAGCUUCUACUGGAUUGUUCUGUGCCUGGUGGGCCUCAACACACUGUGUGUGGCCAUAGUUCACUAUAACCAACCCGACUGGCUCACGACAGCUCUCUACACGGCAGAGUUUGUCUUUCUGGGUUUGUUUUUGACCGAGAUGACGUUGAAAAUGUACGGCCUUGGAGUAAGAAAUUACUUCCACUCCUCCUUUAACUGCUUUGAUUUUGGGGUGAUCGUGGGCAGUAUUUUUGAGGUGAUCUGGGACAUGAUUAAACCAGGAGCAUCAUUUGGUAUCAGUGUGUUGAGGGCAUUGAGACUUUUAAGGAUUUUCAAAGUCACCAAAUAUUGGAACUCAUUAAGGAACCUCGUCGUUUCCCUCCUUAACUCCAUGAAGUCCAUCAUCAGCUUGCUCUUCCUCCUCUUCCUCUUCAUUGUGGUCUUUGCUUUGCUUGGCAUGCAGCUCUUCGGAGGACAGUUUAACUUUGAAGAUGAGACACCAUCGACAAACUUCGACACCUUCCCAGCAGCCAUCCUCACUGUGUUUCAGAUUCUGACUGGUGAAGACUGGAACGCUGUGAUGUACCAUGGCAUCGAGUCUCAAGGAGGUGUACGCCGUGGCAUGUUCUCCUCUAUCUACUUCAUCGUCCUCACACUGUUUGGAAACUACACUCUCCUGAAUGUCUUCUUGGCUAUUGCUGUUGAUAACCUUGCAAAUGCACAGGAACUGACUAAGGAUGAAGAGGAGCAGGAAGAGGCGGCAAAUAAGAAGCUCGCCCUGCAGAAGGCACUGGAAGUAAAAGAAGUGAGCCCGAUGUCAGCUGCAAAUAUUUCGAUUGCUGCUUUUGUAAAGCAAAAUCGAGAUGCACUCUCUCGCAGGUCGUCCAUCAACAGCAUUCAGUCACCCAAGGAGCAGCAGCGCUCUGCGAAGGCCAUGUCGGUGUGGGAGCAAAGGACGAGUCAGCUGAGAAGACACAACAUGAGGGCGAGCAGCGAGGCCCUGUACAACGAGCUCGACCCCGAAGAUCGCCUCCGGCUGUCCACCGCCCUCCACCUGCAUCCUGACAUGAAGACUCACAUGGACAGGCCGCUUGUGGUGGAGGGCAAGAACGGCGAUAAACCCAGCCGGCACCCCGAGGGAGGUCCAGAGGAAGCAGGGGGUCCCCAGCAGGAUGGGGUGGGAGACAGCCUCCACACACACUCCAGGAGGCAUCACCGCCACCGUGACAGGAAUGACGAUGGAGGCGACAGUCGGGGAGGGAGGCAUCACACACAUCACAGCAGGAGCAGAGAACACAAUGUAGAUAGUCAGACAAAAGAGAGGGCAGGGGAAAAGAGCCACAGCCGAGACGGUGGACAGGGACACAGACACCACCACAAGGCCAGCUCCCCUGAGGAAGACGAUGCUGAUGUACAAAGAGGAGGAGAAGAGAGGGGGCUCCGUCACCAUCACUCUCGUCGGCAACUAAAAGAGGGAAAUGGCCUUUUAGCUAACGGUGCACAGGGAGAGUGUAGAGGCAGGGGGGGAGGCGUAGGGGAGGGCAGUGAUGAGAGGAAGGGGCGCUGCUCCCGCAUGGUCAGAGCUCAGUCUACUCUGUCUGGAGACGACAGUAAGAGGAACAAGAAUGGAUCCAGAAGUUACAGAGAGAGGCAGCCAGAUGCUGAGGAAGACAGCCUCGCCUGCAGUCCAAUGCGGAGCAGCAUGACUCUCAGUGAAAAGCAGGAAGACGCAGACAACCAGAAGAACUCCACCAGGGCCAGCCAGGCCGGCCUAAACAGCAACGCUAUCCACAUCCCUGUCACUAUCACCGCCCCACCUGGAGAAACCACCAUCAUACCCAUAAACAACAUUGACUGCGACAACUUCCAACUCAGUGAGGAGAAGAAGGAUCUAGAAGAGGAGGAAGCAGCUAAUGGGCCUCGGCAGAUCCUUCCCUACAGCUCAAUGUUCAUCUUUGGACAAACAAACCCGGUGCGACGGCUGUGUCACUAUGUGGUCAACUUACGCUACUUUGAAAUGUGCAUCUUGAUGGUCAUUACCAUGAGCAGCAUCACCCUGGCAGCCGAGGACCCCGUCCAGGCCAACGCACCGCGGAACAACGUUCUCAAAUAUCUAGAUUAUGUCUUUACUGGAGUCUUCACUUUCGAGAUGGUGAUUAAGAUGAUUGACUUGGGACUGCUUCUCCACCCUGGCUCAUAUUUCCGUGACCUGUGGAACAUUCUCGACUUCAUUGUAGUCAGUGGAGCCCUGGUGGCCUUCGCCUGUUCGAGCCUCAUGGGAUCGCAGCAAAGUGUGGCCAGAGGGACGAAAGGGAAGGACAUCAAUACCAUCAAGUCUCUCCGGGUCCUCCGGGUCCUGCGGCCGCUCAAGACCAUUAAACGGCUUCCCAAACUGAAGGCGGUGUUUGACUGCGUCGUAAACUCUCUGAAAAAUGUUCUCAACAUCCUCAUCGUCUACAUCCUCUUCAUGUUCAUCUUUGCCGUCAUCGCCGUGCAGCUCUUCAAGGGUAAAUUCUUCUACUGCUCUGAUGAGUCGAAGGGUCUGGAGAAAGACUGCAGGGGCCAGUUUUUGGAUUAUGACAGAGAUGAUGUGGAGGCAAAGCCCAGAGAGUGGAAGAAGUACGACUUUCACUACGAUAAUGUUCUCUGGGCCUUCCUAACGCUCUUCACUGUCUCCACCGGAGAGGGCUGGCCAUUGGUCCUAAAGCAUUCUAUGGAUGCCACAUAUGAGGACCAGGGUCCCAGCCCGGGCUUCCGCAUGGAGACAUCCAUCUUUUAUGUGGUCUACUUCGUGGUGUUUCCCUUCUUCUUUGUCAACAUAUUCGUGGCUUUGAUCAUCAUCACCUUCCAGGAGCAGGGAGACAAGGCCAUGUCGGAGUGCAGCUUGGAGAAGAACGAGAGGGCCUGUAUUGACUUUGCCAUCAACGCCAAGCCGCUAACAAGAUACAUGCCAGAGAAUAAGCAGUCCUUCCAGUACAGGAUGUGGAAAUUUGUGGUGUCGUCACCUUUCGAGUACGCCAUCAUGACUUCAAUUGCCCUCAACACAGUCGUACUGAUGAUGAAGUUCUAUGGAGCUCCAGACGCGUACGAGUCGAUGCUGAAAUACUUAAACAUCGUCUUCACGGGCCUCUUCACGCUAGAGUGCAUCCUCAAGAUUAUUGCUUUCAACCCACUGAACUACCUGAAGGAACCCUGGAACGUGUUUGACUUUGUGACUGUGAUCGGAAGCAUUACAGACAUCCUAUUCACAGAGAUAAAUACGAGCAAGAAGAUAAACCUGAGUUUCUUGAGGCUGUUCAGAGCGGCUCGUCUGAUCAAGCUGCUGCGGCAGGGCUACACCAUCCGCAUCCUUCUGUGGACUUUCGUUCAGUCCUUCAAGGCACUGCCAUAUGUCUGCCUGCUUAUCGCCAUGCUGUUCUUCAUCUACGCCAUCAUCGGUAUGCAGGUGUUUGGGAACAUCGAUCUGAAUGAGGACACUGCCAUAAAUCACCACAACAACUUCCAGACUUUUUUCCAGGCCUUGACUCUUCUGUUCAGGAGUGCAACAGGUGAGGCCUGGCAUGAGAUCAUGCUAGCUUGCCUCAGUAACCGACCGUGUGAUGAGCUCUCAGGACUAAUCGGGAAAGAAUGUGGCAGUGAUUUUGCAUACUUCUACUUUGUUUCCUUCAUCUUCCUCUGCUCAUUUCUGAUGUUGAACCUCUUUGUUGCCGUCAUCAUGGACAACUUUGAGUACCUGACGAGGGAUGCCUCCAUCCUCGGACCUCACCACCUGGAUGAAUUUAUCCGUGUGUGGGCGGAAUAUGACCCUGCUGCCUGCGGCCGCGUGGUUUACCGCGAUAUGUACGAGAUGCUCCGCGACAUGUCCCCUCCACUAGGUUUGGGAAAGAAAUGUCCGCCCCGGGUCGCCUAUAAGCGAUUGGUGAGGAUGAACAUGCCCAUCGCGGAUGAUAACACGGUCCAUUUCACCUCCACGCUGAUGGCCCUGAUUCGCACGGCUCUUGAGAUCAAACUGGCAUCUGGGGUCCUGGCACAGCGUUUGUGUGAUGUCGACCUGAGGAAGGAGAUCAACCGAGUUUGGCCCAACCUGUCGGCGAAGACUGUGGACCUGCUGGUGACGCCACAUAAAUAUAAUGAGCUGACUGUGGGGAAAGUCUACGCAGCUCAUAUGAUCUUUGACUACUACAAGCAGAAUCGGGCAAAGAAACUGCAGCAACAGAAUCCUUCAGGAGCCCCCCAGAAUAAACUGGGAGCGUUGUUCCGUCCUGUGCUGCCCUUCACUCACCUACUGGAUGUAGAGCCGCCCAUUUUCAACUCCAAACCUCCCCCAACCCAGCCUGAACCAGAAACAAAACCAGAAGUCCCACCAACGACCACCAUCGCCACCACAACCACCAUCAGUGACAGCUCCAUCAGCAGGGACACCAUGCUAAACCAGAGGAGUGCCAUAAAACAUUCCCAGUCUGGGGAUGUUUCUCAGGCUGCUCAGAGGCCCACAGCCCGGAGGAAGCUGCAGAGAGGCCAGUCAGAGGAUGUGCAUUAUUCCACUAGACACCAGGAAGUGGUAGAACUGAAACAGGUGGAGAAUAUCUCAGAGACAGACGGAUAUCCCAGCCUUGAGGGCCACUGCAGAGCAGCAUCUCUGCCCCGACUAAAUGCUGAGUACUACCGGAGCCACCCUCGCCACGCCCCUGGGACCCACCUGGCACCUAUUGUUGACCUCAGUCCUAUAAAACGCUCAGCGUCCUCGCUGACGCCACAGCGCCACCAACAGGAAGUCGGGCUAACAGAGUAUGACCUGGAGCGUGUCGGUCAGGCCCAGUCUUCUACGGGGCCAGGACAGGUCCAAGGACAGGACAGAGCCCACCACCAUCAUCACCACCACCGCUGCCAUCGGCGUAGGGACAAGGACAGAGACAAGAAGCAAAAGUCUUUGGAUAAAUCUGCAUCAGUGCAGCCUUCCAGUACUGUCGAUUCAUUCACAGAUCCUUCAGCUGAAGGGCUGUCUAGAGAACGAGCGAGGGAGCGGGAUCGCGGUCGCCCCCACGAGAGGAGGCACCACUCCUCGGCCGGGGAGAAGCAGCGCUACUACUCCUGCGAGCGUUAUGGCAGCAGGGAGCAGUCCCAUGCCAGGUCAGCCGGACCCAGUCGAUCCGCAUCUCCAGGAGAAGGUCAGGACUCCUGCUUCCUCAAGCAGCAGGGUAUCAGUGGGGUUAAGAGUGGCCUGCCCUCUGGCACAAACACACCGGGCCGAGGUCGCAGGCAGCUCCCGCAGACGCCCCUCACACCUCGACCCGCCGUGGCCUACAAGACCGCCACCUCUUCAGCAGUCCCACCCAGUGCCAGCACCGCUACAACAGGACAUCAGACUCGCUUCAGCCGGGGCCUUUCAGAGCACGACCGCACACACGUGGGCCACGAUGAGUCCCCGAUACCUGUUACCUGCAUAGGUUCGGACCCUAAUUUAAACCGGCACCAGGUGGACUCCACUCAACAGGCUCGCCUUGGGGAGACAGAGGACUUCCAGGACGCUGUAAGCAGCCAUGGAGGGGGACGCUCUGCCAGAACCGCCACUUCCACCACAGCCUCAGCCUCACAGGGAACUGCUGCUGCACCCGCCACAGCACCCGCCUCACAGGGGCGGACAGCAGGCGUGCCUAACGGGUAUCACUUCACCCUCGGGGUCAACUCAGCUUCUGGGCCAGGAAACAGAGGAACAGGAAGUCUCAGGGAGAGAGAGGAAGACGACUGGUGCUAACACGGCAGAAACCUUAGGGGAGAGUCAGCUAAUAGCGCCAGCGUAGCCGCUUGGAGGGUCUGCUGAGCGCUUGUGUCAGCUACACUGAGCUUGUACAGUCGAAGGCCGGUCGACUGAUGCUGAGGGAGGUAAAAGUCUAUGAAAAGUGCUGUGAAAGGGGAUUAGAGAUCAUUCCAGCUUUGUAGUAUUACUCUUUUAAUAUAACCUCUUUACAGGAAAAAGAACUUUUUCUACCCCCUUUAUUUGCACUGAAAUUAUAGCACAUUUGAAGACCCUUAACAAUCUUGCCUUGGUUAGUAAAUUCAGUGGAGCAGAAGAAAAAAGCCAAAUCUUUCUUUAAGUGAAGCUCUAAACUGUGUCAUUUCUGAUAUUAUGGCUGAUCACAACUCAGUUUUAAUCUUGUUUGUCUCAUUUUGUUUAUGUUUGCUAUAAAGACAAGUAAAAAGGUUUCACCCCACAAAUUAGUUUUCUCUUUCCAUUUUUUUUUCUGCAUCAUUUCUUCAAAUUAUCUUAUUGUUGCCAGAGUAGGUGAGCAAAAUUAGUUUCAUUCAGGUCUUAAAAUACUGCCAUACACCUGAUGAACACAGAAAUUAGAAUCCAAAAAUUACAUAAUGGAACUAGAGCCGAGUUUUCACUGUUCACAUGUUUUGUAAAUUGUACAAGAUGUAAAUUGUUUGAGUGCACGUAGAACCAGAGUGACUCUUUUUAGACAUUUUAGUGGCUGAAUACUAAGUGCCUCAUUUACCACAAUGUGUUGCAAUGUAAUGCAGCCCGGCUGUGGGUCAAAUGGACGUGGAUAUGCGGCAAAGAACGAACACAGCUCGGAAAAAAGUGGAAGAAACAAAACUUCUGUUUGAAUCUGGUUGAAAGAACAGAAUGCAAAAAAAGGAAAUAAUUUAAUUAAUUUUGUGGUAGAUAAGCCAGAAUUAGUCCUAUUCAUCCAAAGUAAGCAAUGUAGUGCAUGAUAGGGUUGUCAAAACAUUUGUCUGUACUUUUAAAGAGUGUGUGGUAAGCAUUUGCCUUUCUCUUUCGAUAUACUGCCAGUCUAUUAUAAAAAAGGGCCUCCAAAUUGGGGAAAAGUGCCAUUCUUUUUGAUUAUAACCAACAACAAAAAGAUCUCAAACACAGAAACCCCUGCCUCCUCAAGCACGCAGUAUUUAUUUGAUAUUUGCCGUAUUUUAUAGGUUUCCUUCCUUCUCGUCUCUUUGAUCCAACAGUAUUGUAGGUGAAAGUUACAUUAAUAUGUAGUAUCGCAGGUACAAUAAAGACUUGUACUGGUGCAGAUGACUGUUGAUUAAAAUGUAGGGCUAUGCAACAAGACGACACUUCAUCUGCCCUGUAGCUUUACCGUCUGGAAUCUCCAGGUUCAGGCUUUAGUGUGACUGUGACCAAAUUUUACAUUUGUGUAUGAAAACUUGUAAAUGAUCAUGUAUAAUAGAUGUACAGUUAACUGGCAACACACACUGGGGCACAAAACGAUAUCGAAGCUGAUUUAUGUGAAACACUGGGCAUUUUUGUGGUUGGUGGGUCGACUGCACGACACGUACUCUAAAUAUAAAACUGUGUUCCACUGAAAUGGGUCAAGUUGUAUUUUUUUAAACAUUUUAGUGGGAGGAUCAGAUUGUUCAGAUGAAGUGAUUUAGUGGUUGAGGUGUGAUGUCUCCCGUAAAAGGCUGACCUAACCAAGUCUUGUUGUCUUUGUUAGAAUUCUGCACAGUGCCAAAUGUCAUUGUAAAUGCCAGUUAGCCUGCUGGGAUAACAUAACAUGCAGGGUGUGCUCCGACCGGUCACCAACUCCCACGGGGCUGAAGAUUUACAAUACCAUACAAUAUAAGGCUUACAGUAUGCUGUUUCUGUUUUGAGAUAUAUAUUAUAUAUCUAUAUAUUAUAUACAUACUAAUAAAUCCCAAAGAAAGACCAAAAUCGACAUGUUUCUGUCCCUUUCUAUCUUGGCUCAAUCAGGAGACGUGAUAAACAGCACUGUGUUUAUAAAAACUAAAAGUAACUGCUGAAUUUCUCCUAUAGAAAUUAAACAGCUUUUGGCAAAAUGGAUGAAAAACCAAGUCCACUCUGGAGCCCUGUAACUUAGGUAUACUUUCAAUUGGUUGACAAACAGUCAAACUUUUUGUGUCUGAAAGGGCAUUUUUCUGUCUUUGCCCUUCACAAUUACUCAAAAUUUCUCAAACAAGCUUUUUUCACAAUAUCUCCUGUACAUAUGCAGAUUAUACAUCAACAGGCAUUUUUUUCUUCUUUCACUCAAUAUGAACGUCAUUGCAACAGGACGUAUGGUUUUCUCUCAAAUCCCCUCAGAGCACAGUGCACCCACCGCUGACUUUUUUGACUACCAUUAAUUUUUGACAGGUCUUUCUCUUCAAGUCAGGAUGUGAGGGAUCUUUUUAACCUGCCAUAAAACCUACAUAGAAAACAGCAGAAUAAUGAAAAUGAUGUCUGUGUGUUCGACAGACCCUGCUGCUGCUCACAGUUCAAGAAUAUUUUUAGUACAACUUACAAUUUUUGAACAGUAAUUGUUUAUUCGAGGAUUGUGCCGAGUCUGAAAUCAGUUGAUUUUUGUGACUGAAAUACACUACUCAUAGAUUAUCGCAUGUAGUGAUACAUAGUUUACAUUUAAUGAACCAGCUUCACAGUACACACACACACACACACACACAGCUCGAUAUUACAUUGUGAGAACAUGUGAUACACACAAUUACAUGCUAAAAUAUGUGUCUUUUGUGCCUCCUCCCUCCUGCUUCCUUAUAAAGGCUGGUGGUCUAAGUUUAAAAAAUUCCAUCAUGGCUGCCCUUGUAUCAUCGAAUUCCUGUUUCCUUGUCAGUUUUCCCAUUAAAAGAUUGGGUCCUCUCCCCUCCUACUUCUUCCAUCAUACGAGCGAUAUUUGGUAUCCGUUAAAAUUUCUUCAGAAAUUUGAUAUUUUUUUGUACAACUGACAACCUAACUACACAAUACUGUUCUCAUGGUCAUGAAGACACACGUCUACUUUAUCUGUGGUUCUUAGUGAAAAUAACAGGAUUAAAAACUAAUGAUGAUCUGGUGUAUUAUUCCCUGAAGCAGCUCUGUGUUGCUUUUCUCAUGCAGAACUCAAAACAAGGAAACAGUAGAUUUUAUGUAACUUGUUUUGGAUUUUGCAUCCUAACAAGAGCAAAUUUUCAUCGUAACUGUUGGGCUUUUGUUGAAAAAUGAGGCAAAUGUGACUCAUUUGUUUAGCUUUGAUAAUCAGUUAGUGGCUCAUAUUACACAGAAGUGAUUUUUAAUAUUGCGCAAUUGUUGAUUUUGGUCUUUUUAUGGGUUUUAAUAGCAACAUAACUGGUAAGGAGGUAAAUAUUGCGGUCCUUAACUUGAUUACUUAAUGAAAAAAACAAAAUAGUCAAAGAAAAAGUUCAUGUUUCCUGGUACUGAUUUUAAUUUUUUUAAUUUAUUUUUUUUAAUUUUGUAUCUUUUUAAAGUCAUGCUUAUUGUGUGCCUCUACAAGUUUCUUAACAAGUAUGUUUU